GAAAUCAAAGGCACGAUACCUAUGAGCGACAGCCACGGCAUGGCUCACGGCGGGUCUUGGGACGACUUGGGCUGGAAUUGCGUGUGGUAUUUGUACACUGGCAUUGUAUUUGCCAUGCUGUAUUACGCGUACCCGACCCUGGCCAAGAUCCCGCUCUUCUUCACCAAGGAAUACAAAUUGGUGGACGCGGCCAGCAAUGGCCAAGUGGAAACCGUGCGCUCGCUCUUGGCGCAAGGCGCCAACGUCAACUGGACCAUGGGAGAAAUCAUGGGCGAUCCGCUCACGGCCGUGUAUUGGGCCUCCAUCAAUGGUGACGUCAAAGUCGUCGAGCUGUUGCUGGAGAAACACGCGGACCCCAACAUUGCGACCAAGAGCGGAUACACUGCCUUGACUGCAGCGGCGGAGCUUGGGGACGCAAAGAUCGUCAGGCUGCUUCUCGAAAACAACGCUGAAGUGGACCAUGCGGACAAGGCUGGCGAGACGCCAUUGAUGCGAGCAACGAGUGGUGGCCACGUGGCAGUGGUCAAGUCGUUGCUGGCGAACGAAGCUCAAGUAGACGUCAGAGAUACAGUGAAUGGCAACACGGCGCUUAUGAUUGCAGCAUGGCAUGGUCAUUUGGAAAUUGUGAAAUUAUUGUGCCACAAGGCCGAUGUGACACUGGUCAACAACGACGGCAAGACGGCGCGAGACUUGGCGCUGGAAAACGGACAAACCGAGUGCGCCCACUAUUUGCUGACACAAGCACGAUCCCACGAUCAUCUCGUACAUAGGAACCAUGUCGUCGCAUGAUUGAGUACUACAGUAGUACUCGAUACUUAGUUUCCCAUCGAGUACGUAGUACUCAAUACUUAAUUCUGUCGCAUGAUUGAGUACUAGUACUCAAAACUUCACUGUCAAUACUUAAUACUGUAGUAGUACUUCUAACGUUACUGUCAAUACUAUCACAUUCAGUAUUAA